AUGGCCCAGAGCAAGCUCACCAUCUUUAGCCUCCCCCGCGAAUUGCGCGAUGAUAUUUGGAUCCUAAUAGUCUCACACGACAUGGACCUCAUCUCAGGCCAGCACAUACCCCUUGACAUAUACAAGACGCCCAAACAAUCUCGCCAGCACCUCACUAUAUUCAACCUCCUUCUCGUGAGCAAAGCGGUCAAGAAAGAAAUCACAACUACAUUUCGCAGGCGGUGUACAUUCACCUUUCAAACAAGCAGGAAGCUUCUUGGACUGCUAGCAUACGGCAGCAGUUCUUGGGGCGGAUCAAAGCUCUCCCUGACACAAAACCGGAAUUUAAUCUAUGCCCCGCGCCCAAAGCUCUUGUUCAAGAUGGGACAUGUCACCGUGUUCCCGAAUGGCCCAGUAUCAGAGACCAGUAGAUGCAUGGACAAUUCCUUCAUCAACACCCGCUUCGGGGCCCGGAUAAGGAAAAUGUACCCUCAUCCAGCUCAUCCACCGGGGUGGAAGUCGCUGGACCCGAGUGCCCGAAGGCUGCUCAAGUACAUACAAAAGGCCCCCUUGAAGCUUCGCAGCUUAGAGAUGUCGGCCAUCUUGGUGUUCAACGCUCGGGCUGUGCGGCAGCUCAGGAGAUUGCGGGGAGUCGACCUGCAUUUCGCAUUUAUACCUGGGGAGGCAACCAAGCUCCCAGUCAGAGUACCAGCAACCAAGGGUGUAGAACACCCAGUAGAGCGGCUCGCUGAAACUGCCGACACAAAAAUCGUCUUGCCAAUCUACAGGACCGAGUUGGAUAUAGAGCCCGUGUCAGUAGCGCCUCUGUCGUGCCUGAUCAUCGCCAUUCGCCGCGAGGUUGCAAGCAGUGAAGACGUGCCACGAGUCGUCCACUUCGGAGAGAAUCAAGGAGAUCCGCCACUUUGGAUCGACUUUGACGAUGAGAGCAUUGCAACUGCCAAUGACAUCAUUGCGAAAUAUACCAUGGGAUCGCUAUCGCAGCCAACUUCGGGCUGGUAUAGAUAUUCGGCACGAAACCCCGGAGUCGCCUGUCUUGAAAUGGCCGAUGGACCACUCUCUGGUGAGCCGCUGGAGCGAAGAAUGCUGAGACGUCAGCGGAAGGAAUGGGGGAGACGGACCUGGAACGACAGACGAUUUGGUCAAUGGGAACUAAGAAGUAAGAACUUGGACGAGCCAAGAGCGUUGCGCAUCUACCACUUGGGCCUAAAGGACAUUGUCGUGGCGCAUAGAUAG